UAUCACUUCGGAGCUACGUGAUGCAAAACUUUUCUAAGCCGAGUUAAGUGUGAAAAGGCAGCUUUUGUGGUUGAGCUACAAUGGGACUCCCCACUUUGGAGUUCAGCGACUCUUUCCUGGACAGUCCCGACUUCAGAGAGCGUCUCAAAUGCCAUGAAAUCGAGCUGGAGCGGACAAAUAAAUUCAUCAAAGAGCUCAUCAAGGAUGGGAAUAUGCUAAUCACUGCGCUCAAGAAUCUUUCUGCUGCCGUCCAGAAAUUCUCUCAGUCCCUGCAGGAGUUCCAGUUCGAGUGCAUCGGUGAUGCAGAGACAGAUGACGAGGUGAACAUUGCCCAGUCAUUCAAAGAGUUCUCCCAGCUGUUGACUACUGUUGAAGAAGAAAGAAGACGCUUGAUUCAGAAUGCAGACGAUGUGUUGAUUACUCCCUUGGAAAAGUUUCGGAAGGAGCAAAUCGGCGCGGCGAAGGAAGGGAAGAAGAAAUUUGAUAAAGAAACAGAAAAAUACUACUCCACGCUUGAGAGACACCUCAACUUAUCAUCCAAAAAGAAGGAAGCAUAUCUGCAUGAGGCUGAUACGCAGAUUGAUAAGGAGAGACAGCUCUUUUAUGAUGCAUCCCUUGAGUAUGUUUUCAAAAUACAAGAAGUGCAAGAAAAGAAGAAGUUUGAGUUUGUCGAGCCGCUCCUGGCCUUUCUGCAGGGCUUGUUUACAUUCUACCAUGAAGGAUACGAGCUGGCUCACGAAUUUGAGCCGUACAAACAGCAGCUCCAGUUCAACCUACAGAACACACGAAACAACUUUGUGAGUACUAAGCAGGAAGUGGAGAAGCUGAUGAAGAGGAUAAGGUCUGCAGAUCAAGACUAUAAACCUCCAGGCCAGUGGACAAUGGAGGGCUUCCUGUAUGUCCAGGAGAAACGUCCCCUGGGAUGCACUUGGACACGUCACUACUGCACUUAUGAGAAAGGCAGCAAGACCUUCACCAUGAGCAACACUGAAAAUAAGUCUGCUGCAAAACAGAAUGGUCUUGUCCUGAACCAGCCGGAGAUGUUCAAGCUCAAGUCCUGCAUUCGAAGGAAAACAGACUCCAUCGACAAGCGUUUCUGCUUUGAUAUCGAAGUGGUGGAGAGAAAUGACAUCUAUCGUGGAACUCUUUUCAGACCGCUUCAGUUUUUCUGUAAAGUCCGGCAUGGCGUUAUGACACUGCAGGCACUGUCAGAGUCCAACAGAAGAUUGUGGCUGGAGGCCAUGGAUGGCAAGGAGCCGAUUUACAACCUACCUGCUAUAUUAAGCAAAAAGGAAGAAACGUUUCUUAAUGAGGCAGGCUUUAACUUCGUGAGGAAAUGCAUCGACCUGGUGGAGAGCAGAGGCAUAAAUACGAUGGGACUGUACAGAAUCGGAGGGGUCAACUCCAAAGUGCAGAAGCUGAUGACCAUGGUCUUUUCUUCCAAAGCACCUGUGGAUAUGGACCUGGAUCCAGAGACAUGGGACAACAAAACCAUCACCAGUGGCCUAAAGAAUUACCUCAGGUGUCUCUCUGAGCCUCUAAUGACCUUCAAGCUCCACAAAGAUUUUAUCAUGGCUGUCAAGUCAGAUGACCAGAACUACAGAGUGUGUGCCGUCCAUGCUCUUGUUCAUAAGCUGCCCGAGAAGAACAAGGAAAUGCUGGAGCUACUAAUAAAACACCUUGUCACAGUUUCCACACAAAGCCAGUUCAACCUGAUGACGGUGUCCAACCUGGGGGUCAUCUUUGGGCCCACCUUGAUGCGGUCUCAAGAGGAAACUGUGGCUGCCAUGAUGAACAUCAAGUUUCAGAACAUUGUGGUGGAAAUACUUAUCGAAAACUUCAACAAGAUCUUCCACCAGCCUCCAGACCCCAAUGUGCCCCUGCCCCAGCCCCAGAGCCGUCCUGGCUCUCGCAGGAGCAGGGCCAUCUGUCUCACCACAGGGCCCCGGAAGCCCCGCAGCCUCUACACUCCAACACUGUGCCUGGCAGAUGCAGAAAGUCCCUGCAUAGGUGACACAUUCAGCAGCAGUCCAGGCAGCACCCCGAUGGGCAGCAUGGAGUCUCUGUCCUCCCACUCCUCUGAGCAGAACAGCUCCUCCAAAACAGCUUCCUGCGUUCAGGUCAAGGACAAGUCUCUCCUGGACCUCCGCCGAACGCCAUCGCAGCUCUCAAACAGCCCCAGGAGCGCUGUUUGUGUCAGCAGCCCAGAGUCCAGCUCCAGGGAGGAUGCAGGGCGUACAGAUGGAGAGUCCGAGGACGCUCUCAGCCUGUCCUCAGUUAGCACUGCACCCAGGCUGUCCCCUGCCCCCAAAAAGGCUCCGCACUGCCGCCUUGACCUCAGGCCACCACUGCUGAACCGCUCAGCUGCCCCGUCUCUGAAAUCACUGCAUAUAUCUGAAGGCCACAGGAGCUGCUCUGGAUCUGUCCAAAGUCUGUCAACACUGGAGCCCAAAGAGAGUUUAAAGUCUACAGAAAACCCACACCUUCCACCAAAACAGCUGAUCCGCUUCAGGACGGACACCUCAGUCAGCAACGGUUACCAGAGACCCGGCUCAGUGGUCGCCGCCAGAGCACAGCUUUUUGAAAAUGCCUCUUCCUCGCAGUCUGUUCCAGUUGGAAGAGAUGCCAAGGCAAUGUAUUCUUGUGAAGCAGAGCAUAGCAACGAGCUGAGCUUCCCCCAGGGGGCGCACUUCUCAAAUGUCUACCCUUCUGUUGAACCAGGCUGGCUCCAAGCAACAUUCGAGGGGAAAACAGGUUUAAUCCCUGAGAAUUAUGUCGUCAUCCUCUAACAAGCUGGUAAACAUUACAUCUUUGUCAUGGUAUCCAUGAGCAAAAAAAUAAUAGUGUGGCUGAUAGUGCUGGUAACUGACAUUUCUGCAUUUUAUGCAGGCUUAGCAGAUAUCAGGGAAGUAAUUGCUUUAAAGGGGAACAUCACCUAAAUUCAGAAUCCCAACAUAGUAUUUCUAUGACCGCAGAAAAUUCAAUCACUAUUUGUUUAUUUGUGCAUUCAAAGCCAAAAACCAGAAAAAUGAGUAUGAAAUGUGUGAUGUCAUAGGGUAUAAGUCUGCUUAGGGGGUAUUACCAUAAGCACUGCUCCACAGACAACCGCCUGAUUUUGGACCCACACAACGUAAAUUUCCCUUUUUUACACAAAUGAGAUUUAUUUUGUCGUAGUGUUCUCAGCUCUGAAACAGAGAAUGACUCUGUAUACUCAGACCAUUCCCAUGGCUUCUGUCAGUGUUAUUUAGAACAUGUCGCCAGCAUAACCAUUGAUCCCGUGUAGUACAGCAGUCCUCUCUUGGUGCUGCACGAUGCCUUUUUCUGGCAGUUUUUGGGUUCACGUGAACUUUUCUGCUCAAAGCACCGAGUGGCACUGCUCAUCAAUGUCAAUUUUGGCCACGUGUGUGCAGUAUGCGCAUGCAGCCCUGCUCCACGCUGCCAGCUGUUUUCCAGGAUUCCCGCUGUUAUGGAAAACCUCUAAGUCAUAGAAUUUCUCAGCUACAUUUUCCCAGACCUGAAAAGCUUUGGAAUCGGUGAAAAAUUAUUCGAAGUUUUGGAAAACUAAUGGAAUUUUGUUGUGUGUAGUGAAAUUCUUACAGUAAUCUUCGGUUAAUAACCUUUUACGAAAUGUUGAUGGCAAAUUUAAUGUCCUUACCUGUCAACGCAAAGUUGCUUCAAUAAGCCUUGAUGCCUUACAACAUUUUGUUUACCAUUACCUAUGUUUUCUUAAUUUUCUUACCCUAUUUCAUCUUUCCUGCGAUGUAUGGCAGCGAGCUGAAAUUAUGCUUGAAAAAUGGUGGGCAAAUAGGAAAAAGGUCAUGGAACAGUGGAAAUAUAUGGUUACCCUGGACAUCAUAAGUUUGAGUAAUAGCAAUCUAGUUUUUUGAUUUAGGAGAAAUGUUCCUUUUCAAUGAUAAUUUUGGACUGUCUUAGACCAUAGAAAUAAUAUGUUGGAAUUUUAAAAAUGGGGGUAGUUCCCCUUUAACAGUGCUCGAAAUCCAAAGUCCAAAGAUGUACCUCCUUUUUUUGUAAUCAUUAUAAAUUGUUUUAAGGAAUCUGCAGAGAUAAAUGAAAUAAGAAGAGAUAGGUAUUACUGUUAGCUGUAAAUAUAUUCCCAUUGACUGCACUGAUGUUUCUAGUCCCAGUAUUCGCUUACAGAAUCACAAAAACAAUCACACUCAAUUUCACAACUUUUAUUCCCAGAAAUAUAUUAUCUUUAUUUAACAACCCAUUAAAUUGAUCUGUAGAUUAUUAAACUUUUCUGUCAGCUGUAAUAGAACAAACUGUGAUUUAAAACAUAAUCUAUUAUAGUAUAAUAGAAAAAGCAUAAUGGUUUUGCACCUUAACUUUCAUGUUUAUGGCCUGUGAUCAUUGUUCAUCCACUGAACCUGCUCACUGCUGCGGCGCACUUCCUGGUUAGCUCCACAGUACUGUACUGUACAUUAACGCUCAUGAGUUCUUCUGUAGUUGCCAAUCAAAUACAUGUACUUCUUGUAAUUGUGUACUAUUAUAAAUUAUCACACCAAACAUAUGCCAUAUGUAAAAAUGUGUUUUUUUAAAUGUCAUGAAUGUGCUGUUCAUGAGGUGCAGCUUUCACCUUUGAUGCCUCUUUUGUGCUCACUGGUACGCUGGUGUACUAGUAAUGACAACUAGACAUGUAUCAGAUUAUAUUAUUUUAAAGAUACCAUUUAAUAUUUAAUUUUCUAUUACUGUCACAACAUUGCCAAAGUACAAAGUCCGUCAUGAUCUAAAAGGUUAACUUCAGUGAUACUAUUUCAUAAAAAGAUAAAAGAAAGAAAAUUAUCAACAACACUUUCACUUUUCAGUUAUUACAAACUGAAAAUACUUCCUCGAAUAUAUCUGGGAUUUUGUCUACUUUCCAAGAUCAGGGCGUUCUUUACCAUUUACAUCUCUAAGAAAGCAAGGUGGCCUUGAACACGGAUGCUGGAAUAAUACUCCCUUACAGUCUGAAUUUGCAGGGGAAAUGAUAUUCAUAUCCUAAAUAUGUAACAUUCUGCACCUUUUUCUUUUUUUACAUGGCAAGUUUGUUUCCUUGCAAUCAUCUGCUGUGUCUUUACGGUGCAUAAACAUGUCUAUAAAUAAACAGCGUGAUUUAUUAGACCUGUGGUCCAAAUUCUUUGUCACAGUUAGUGAGUUUAACUUGUGCUCACCGUAGCGAGAAACUGGAUACAACAUGGAAAACAGGGCGGACAUUGAGAAUGUUUUUUAAAUGUAUUAAGUGUUGGAGGGUAAAAUAAGACUAAUUCUUUGUGUCGCUACUUUUAGCUGGUUGU